AACAUAACUCAUGAAAAUGGCGAUGUCAUCUGACGGUGGACUAAGUUGGUCCUCAGCUAAAACUUUAUUGACUUCGUCUUAUCCCAAUUUCAAUAAAAAUGACUUACCAGAUUUCACUAAACUAAUCAUUGACAGAGAGAAGGAAAUCCUAAGCCACAGUGAAGAAUAUGAAACUUUUUAUUCUUUAUUUGUCGCCUUGGCAAGCAAUGCUCUGUGCUCAGUGUCUGGAUCAGUAUCCAAGUCCAGCCUGCCUCAAGUCACCUCUGCUAGUAGGGUGCUGCUUUCAUUUCUUCUCAGUCGCCUGGAAACACAGAGUAAAGGCUGUGCGCUAACUCCUAAACACAUCAUCAUACUUAUCAGUGGUCUGUGUCGUGGUGGUCACUGUUUAACUAGAUCUGAUGUUGUAACCUUUACCUGUCUUUUCAAACCUGUAGAACCACCUGGUGGAAAAGAACUAAGUAAAGAAACUGUUGAUAAACCAAAAGAAAAGAAGUUGCCUCGACUAGACACACAGACAGACUUGUUCUCACAUAUGACUUCAGUGUUCUCUGAUGUUCCAACACCAUCGACAUCCAAAACAGAUAUGACAAAUGAGAUUACUGAGAGAGAUCCAAAAGCCACCACAUUAAUUUUGCCUCAAGGAACAGAGACACAGGAAGAUACCAGCUUGUUGUUUACUCAGAAGAAUGCAGAGCUCCUUUUGAGCUUGAAUGGUGCUGACAUCUUGUUGAACUCCUGCAGUCACUUGGCAUUUCUAUGUAAAUACAUGCAGAGAUUCAAAGAGGCCCAAUCUGGCUCUGCCUUCCUUCUUCCAGGAACACUUUCUCAAGCUCUGACUACCAGAAAUGGGUAUCAGUUUCUGUUGACUGAAGUUUCUGAUAUGUGGAGAGCUUUUUCACUGCCAAUUUUAGAACCCCUGUCACCAAAAAGGCUCAGUACCAUUGUAGACAUCACCAUUGGCUGUUUGUUUGCAGCAGUCUCUGUGGCAACGGCUGAUACAGUUGUUAAUGCAGUGAGACCUUCUGGUCCUUCCCAAGCACCUGGUCCUAAAGAUGAGGAAUUAGACAGUCAAGGACAUAGUAUAGUCCAAAAAAGUCUUGAAAUCUUAAGCUGGGUGUCAGCAGCAAUCAAAACAUCCACAAGGGCAGGAGGCUGCGUGGCUCAGAACUUAAACUUGAUGGCAGCCUGGGUAAUACUGAAAGGCUUGCAGGGCAUCCUGAGCCUCACGCCUGCUGUCAUUUUAGAGAGAAAAGAGACCAAGGCUAAAGUACCAGAAACAGCUCAAAAAAAGGAGCUACCAAGUACUUCUACUAGACCAGGAUCGGGCAAAAGUGGUCCACCAUUCUUGAGUGUUACAGCUGUAGCCCUAGCCAACAAUGCCAUCCAGCUUCUGGUCCCACUGCUUGAAGAUCUCAAUAUGGAAGGUCCUGAAGAGAAACUCACAUCUAUUCCUAUAUCGGAUGACACUGGACUUAAAAUCAACAUACAAGAUACUCCCUCAGCGUGGGAGCGAGUGAAAGAGCUACUAAGAACUGUCUCACUGCCAGAUCUCUUGAUACAACUUAUGUCCACUGCAUUUAAAAAGGCUGUUUACUUGAAGCGACAGAAACAAGGUUCUGAUUCCCAGGAAACCAUCAGCAGUAGCAGUACCUCAGACUCGAACACUUUUUAUGAAGAUGAUUUUAGUACUUCUGAGGACAGCAGUGAAGAUGAUGAUUCAGAGCCUAUCUUGGGUCAGUGGCUGGAGGAAACACUCUCUCCCAAUGAGGCGUUCAACACAACACCUCCCCCACCUCCACCUCCCAGGAAUGAUGCACUGAGCCAUGAAGGGAAGAGGCUUAGAGAGUCUAGUGUAGGAGAGAAGAGUCCCAGUUUUGUCCCAGACAAAAGGGAGCCAGAGGGAUUUUCAACCUUAGUGAGUACAGUGAUGAACUUUUUCAAUGUGUACCUGUUGACAUCACGUAAUGACAACAUUAAAGCUAUAACAAGAUCCAUUAUAACACAGGAGCAUAUUUCAUUGGUGGCUCAGCUUACUAAAGAACUGGACAAGGAAUGUGCCAGAAUAGAUUAUGAUAAAGGUUACAUGGCUAUAUCACUUGUACUGGCCAGAUUUAAUCACAACCUCAUUGCAACAGAGUGUCUCUCAGAACAACUUCAAGACUGGUACUUAACCUGUUUGAGCUUAAGUCCAUUCACCACUGAACCCUGGCCCCUCACUGUCCACCCAAGGUGUUUAGCUGUGCUGGUCAGCAUCCUGUUGCUUAGACAGCAACAAGAGCGAGGUGACAAGGAGGUCAAAGCUGGAACAGCUGACAAUGCAGUCAUUGCUACCUGGGACAAGUUUCUGAAACGCCUGCAGACUGCAGUGGAAAGUAGUGAAGAAAAAACAGAAAUCAUGGAAGAUGUGAAUGUGGAACACAUGCAGGUGAUGAUGUUCUUGUUCCAUGGCUUACGUUUGGCCCAGAAGAAACUUAUUGUCGUCAAAAUUUGUCAGAUUAUUUUGGAUGUCUCACAGACAGACAGAGCCCGCAUGGAAAGAACAGUACCACUUGCUUUGAGUCGUCUAGUGUUGAUCCUGGAAUAUUUCCUUCAUUUUUUUUAUGAUCCUCCAGCACAACUAAUGGAACAGGUUCAACAUAAUCUGUUCACGUCUCAUACUCUACUGGCUGAGAAAGAAACCAACUCAAAGUCGACCAGGUACUUUGCUUGCAGGGAAGUGGAGGAAAACUUUGGCAAGAAUCUGCAGAAUUGUGACAGUGCUGCAGGUACAAUGAAACCUCGAUUCUACCACCUGUGUCCACCUGACCCAAACCUCCAGGAAGUGGGAAAAAUUGAUGGGCUGGCUGUUAGUGUCCUUCUAAGUAAAGACUACAAACUCAACUAUAACCAGUUCUAUUCAUCAUGUAUCAGACUGCUGAUGGCUGGCUCACAGUGUGAUAAAACCAAAGAAAACCUGACUUUAUUGGAUGCUUCUGCCAUGCACUACCACUUCCUGCUCCUGUGGAGGCUGCUGUCAUGCCUCCCUCCUUCAGUUGAGUACCUCCAGCUCUUGAAGAACAAUGAUGUUUCUAUGGAGGGGUCUUACAUACUGCACACACUUCGAUGGGCUCCAAGGCUGGCACACAAAUCUUAUUCAAUGUGGAUACAGGACUGUUUACUGAAACAAGGGUUGACUUCUAAAGAGGCAGAAGAGCUUUUGGAGGCUGCAUCAAGUCUCUGUAACACCAGUAGAUAUGAUGUCAAACUGGCUAAGAAUUAUAUCAAAGAGCAGAUGUCAAAAUUGCCAUCAGUUACAACUGGUGAAGUCAAUGCUAAAGACCUGCCAGGGAUGUCGGAUAUUCUUAUUCUAGAUGCUGUGAUUGCCAAAUGCCAAGUUUCAUUAGAUGACUUGUACACAAAAUCUAUGUCUGACCCAGAACCAAGUAAAGCCAUGCAGUUUACUAAAGACCUCAUUCAUGAUGUCUUUCAUCUCAUUGAAGCUUUUAGUAUAUUUGCAAGAUCCUUCAUCCUGAGUAAUGUAGCCUCUCCUGAAGACAAAACAUUGACUAGUCAGAGGUUGAAAGCUUUUGGCCAAGUUCUUAGUGUUGGUUCCAGUCACCCUAGUGCUGUGAAGGGAUUAGGCUCUGCAGUUGUUGCCCUGUUGCCAAGCUCUGUCAGAACUGCAGUGGAGAAAUGGAACAGCAGUGGAGGAAAUGAAUUUCCCACCAUGGGAGCAUGGAGAAAUGCUUUUGCCACUGACCCUAUCCCAAGUGAGAGCUACCUUGAUGCUGUGCAUAGUGCACACAUGGUGACUUUGUCUGGUCAAUCCCCAUUUUGUAUCAAUGCUUCACUGAGACAUGUUCUUCACUCUCUAGUUCGUUUUGGCAGUGACUUGAUUUUGUGGUGCCCUAGUGAAGCCAGUAACACUGAACUAGUCAAAUUCAUGUUUCCACUCAUCUAUGAUGUCACUACAGAAUAUCUCAGAGACAUGGUGACUACAUUGAAAGAGAAGUUCCUACAUCCUCAGGAUGAAGCUAGAUUUGAAGAGAAAGCCUAUAGACAUGCUAUUCAGGCUUGUGAUCAAGUCAUUGUUGACUUCUCUGAUGCUGAGAGUGGCCUGGAUGAAAAAAUUCUGUAUGAGUGUAUUAAGUUUAUGGAGACCAAUCUGGAGAAACCUGCUGCAAGGCAGGCCUUCAAAGCUGUGUACACUGGGAAAUCUGAUAUGACUUCCUUAUUGCUGUCUGUAUCAAAAUCCAAUCUGAGCGAUGCAUACACAACAAGAAUUCUUAAAUUUUUCAUCAAGCUGUUCCAGCUAGCUGAGAAAGAGACCAAUGAUGAAAACCUUCGGGCUCUUUGUCAGGGUUUAUCUGGUCUGGCCAGUGUGGAACAAAAAGAUUUACAGAACUUGUUGGUCAAAAUCAUACAAGGAUCUGAGGAGAAAGCAACAGAUCAAGUAGUGAAAGAGAACUGUGGUCUAUUCCAGACAUUAAUUCAACACAUUGUCAAAGAGAAGAGUCCUAUUGGAGAAGAUGGUGUAAUCACUAUCUUACUGUCAAUUCUACCAAUGGGCACCAAGAUGCUGGAGUCUGGCAAGCCUAAUGAUCUUCUGGCUUUUCCUGACUUGAUGCUGAUCAUGCAGACCCUUGCAAGUGCUGGCACAGGAAAUGGUCAUGUGCACCUGUUUCAGUCCACAAUACAUUGGCUGGAACUUUGUAAAUCCAGUCUAACCAAAACAGAAUCUUUGGAAGCAGCCAUCAAAAAUGAAUCUGAACAACAGGGUAUGGUAGAAACAUUGUGUUGUCUGCUGUCUUAUAUUGGACACAUUUUGUGGUCACUGAAACGGUCAACAGAUAGAGCCAGGUCUUUUUCACCUUUCCUGGAGCAAGAGGCCCUGAACAUUCAGGAAUCUGAGGGAGAGUGGGUGGAAGACAACGUCCAUGAUGAAGAAGAAUCUGCUGGAGAAGAUUCGGAUGAAGAAACACUUAACAAUAAACUGUGUACAUUCACCAUUACACAGAAGGAAUUUAUGAACCAACAUUGGUAUCACUGUCACACUUGUAAAAUGGUGGAUGGUGUCGGUGUCUGCACUAUGUGUGCCAAGGUGUGCCACAAAGACCAUGACCUGACUUAUGCCAAAUUUGGAUCUUUCUUUUGUGAUUGUGGAGCCAAAGAGGAUGGCAGUUGCAAGGCUUUGACAAGAAGAACAUCGCAAGGAGGGUUAGAGAGUACAGCCCCUAUGUCGCAGUCACCAUUUGAACAUCAUCACAGCUCACUUCGUCGGCGGUUACCUCCAUUCCCUGACAAUGAAUCUAGCAAGACAGGAGAAGGAAUGCGAGCCCUUGAAUACUUCACUAAGACCAAAGAAGCUGUGUGUGGACAAAUACAGGCUCAAAAAGAAAACUUGUUGACACUUUUGAAUGCGUCUCAGACAAUACAGAAUGUCUUAGAUAUCCUGAAUGGUAUCAUCCCACCACUGACACUGAGGUACCAGACGGUGUCAAUGGCUGGCAGCAGUGCUAAGGCCCAGCAGACUCUGGCAGACCUCCACAGGCUGCCUAAGGAAAUAGAGACCACAACAGAUCAGCUCAUGACUGUGACACUUGGAUCCCAAGAAGGAGCCUUUGAGAAUGUCCGCAUGAACUAUAGUGGAGACCAAGGUCAGGCCAUCAGGCAACUAAUCACUGCUCACAUGAUACGUCGUGUGGCCAUGUGUGUCCUGUCUUCACCUCAAGGCAGGAGGCAGCACCUGGCAGUUAGCCAUGAGAAGGGCAAGAUGACAAUCCUUCAGCUUAGUGCCCUACUGAAGCAGGCAGAUUCCAGCAAGAAGAAGUUGACCCUCACUCGCCUGUCAUCAGCACCUGUUCCAUUUACUGUGUUGUCUAUAACUGGAAAUCCCUGUAAUGAAGAUUACCUGGCAGUCUGUGGUUUAAAGGAUUGUCAUGUGGUGACCUUCACCAGCUCUGGCACUGUAGCUGACCAUCUGGUUCUCCACCCAUCACUGGCCACUGGAAACUUUAUCAUAAAGGCGAUCUGGCUUCCAGGUUCUCAGACAGAGUUGGCCAUAAUUACAUCUGAUUUUGUCAAGAUCUAUGACUUGGGUGUGGAUGCUAUCAGCCCACAAUACUACUUCUUGCUGCCCAGUGGAAAAGUGAAAGAUGUCACCUUUAUCUUCAGCGAUGAGAGUCGGGCCAUGGUGCUUAUGGCUUCUACUGGCUACAUCUACACACAGACACUGGACGAGUCCAGUCUGGCCAAACAUGGCCCUUUUUACAUCACCAACGUCAUGGAGGUGAAGCAUGCUGAUCUGAAGGAUACAACUGGACAGUUGGCAGGAGGUGGAGGUGUCUCUGUCUACUACUCCCAUGCCUUACAGCUUGUUUUUUUCAGUUAUGCAUCAGGUAAAAGUUUUGCAGCCCCUGUAGCUAAAGAUUUAUCUACUGUGACCAAUCUAUUUCCAAUUACAUUCAAGAGUUCCAAUGGUGGAGGUAAAAGUAGCAACAGUCAGCCUCUAGUCUCCUGGUCAGAAGUGCCUGGACACACUGGCCUUUUGUACUGCAUGGCUCAGACCACCAACAACCCCAUAGUCCUGAUGAUCAAACCUGAAGUGAUCAUUGUGCAAGAAAUCAAAGUACUGCCAUCCAAAGCAAAGAUUCAAGAUGUUGUUGCUAUCAGACAUCCAGCAUCCAAUUCUGAUCAGCAUCGUACCACAAUGAUCCUGCUGUGUGAAGAUGGUAGCCUGAGAAUUUAUAUGGCCAAUGUUGAGGCCACUAACUACUGGAUGUCACCUAACUUACAACCCAAGAGCCCCAUCUCUGUAUUGAAACCUGUCAAGAAGAAGAAAAUUGUCAAGUCAGGUCGCUCCAACAGCUCUAUAUCAUUUCCAGUGGAUUUCUUUGAACACUGCCAACAUUCUAAUGAUGUGGAGUAUGGAGGUAAUGACAUUCUUCAAGUGUAUAAUACACAGCAGGUUAAAAAUAGGCUCAACACAAGUGGUCUGUACAUUGCUAGUACCAAGCCAAAUGGCUUCACCAUGGAGAUAACUAAUACCAACAAUUCAACUGUUCCUGUUGGCAUUCGCAUCUUUGUUGGGUCUCAAACUGUCGAGAGAGCCCCUUCCUAUGUUGAAGUCUUCCGCAGACAAAUUCAACUUCAACUGAACAUGAGAGCUAGAUGGUUUGACAUUCCAUUUACCAGAGAGGAAUCACUUACCGCCGAUAAGAAAUUUGACAUUUUCUUUGGCUGCAGCCAGGACCCAAAUUCAGUCACAAUGGUGGACUCUGUUAAAGUCUAUGUGAAAACUAAAGAAACAUUUGGUUGGCCAGAAGAACCUGAAGACUUCCCAGAACCCAGUGCUCCUACACCCACUAAAGUAACCCCUUCUUGUAACAAUGCAACCAGUGCUGAGGUGGAUGCUAGUCCAGUGGCUGCAGUACCACUAACAGGAGCAGACAGAUUGCUGAGCAGUGCAUUGGAAGUACUGGAUGGAGCCUUCACUAUCAUGCCUCAAGCUGAAGAGGAUGCUGCAAGGGAGAUGACUCUAACCCUGGCCACUUCAUUAUUGACAUUGACUACCCCAGAACUAGUUCAGCUGCAUACCAAGUCAUUGCUGGCUUCACUAUUUAACACAAAAACAGCUUAUCACAAUCAUAAAGAUCAUGCUCUACUGAACCAUGUCAUGAGGUGUCUCCCAUCGCCAGAUGUACCAGACAUGGAUGUGGAGGCCUUCCAACACCUCUUGGUCACUGCUAGAUCUGUCUCAGUCUCCAGGCCCUUCAACUUGGUCAAAUUUGCAGAAUCCCACAGCAGUCAGGUGCUGGAAGUGACAGAUAUUGAAGAGUCUACCGAUGACACACAGCCUGUGAAGACCAACAUGUACACACUGACAGACAAUGAGAAGAUGCACUUUACCUCCAGGCUGGUGGAAGCUUUCUGGAGACUCCAUGCAGCCAAACCAGCCAACUCAAUGUUAGCACCUGUCUGCUUACCUGGCUUGACCAACAUUGAUAUUACAGUCAGCUGUCUUGUUGAAGUCAUCCAUGCCUUCACUCUCUGUGACCCUGACUUUGUUCAGUUGGCUACCAAACACUAUGUCAGAAUGUUGCUAUCUCAGGAUCCUGUUGUAAGUUUCUCCUGUCGCCAGGCUUUGAUUCGUGUUUUGAGACCCAGACACAAGAGAAGGAGGGUAUUUGUUCACUCACCUCCACUGCUGACUCCACAAGGUGUUGAUGAUAAUGAAGAGGAUGAAAAUGAAGAUGACAAAGGUGAGCAGCCAGAUACACCUCCUGAAAUCAACCUGCCGCCUGUCGAGGACCAAGCUGCCAUGCCUCCACUUGAACAAGACUUGGAGCCUGAGCCUGAUGAACUCUAUGAAGUUGUGGACAACAACAUGUUGCUGGAUGAUGGCAUGGGGCAGGCCAACGGAAUGCAAGGACUUGAAGCUCUCUGGGGUAUGGAGCCCAACUUUCCCCCAAUGGUAGAGAUACCAGCUGAUGCGGAUGAUGAAACUAUGGUAGAACUGGCCAUUGCAUUGAGUUUACAAGAGCAGGAAGGAGGUCAGGUUGGUCAGUUACCUAGUGUGUUAGCUGGACGACUGGCUAACAAUCUGGGCAUUAAUUUAGGUCAAGCUGCUGGUAACCUUGGGAUCCAGGGCCUAGCGUUGGCCCCUGCUGGCCAGGAAGAUGAUGAUCUUGAACUGGAAGAGCAGCCUCUGUCCGACACAACAGCCUCUGCCCCAGCUAGUGAUGAUGAGAUUGGGAGCACAGCGGCUACUGAUGGGUCAACGCUGAGGACCUCGCCAGCAGAGCAGGGCGGUGGCUCUGGGGCAGGGUCAGAAAGUGGUGGGAGUGCUGUGGACUCAAUCUCUGCCACCAGUGGAAGGAGCAGCUGCUAUGGAUUCCAAACCAGUGAAAGUAACCCACCCUCAGCAGGGACCAGGGGGGAUGUUUCCAGCUACCUGGGAGUCUCUUGUGGAUACCUGUUACAUAGUGAGAACACUGAGUUGGAUACGGACACAACACAAAGGCUUCACAAUCUUCGCCUGAAAUUUUUGGAGUCUUUGCUGCAAUAUUUCUCUGAAGUACAAAAAGUUGGUGGCGUCAGAUCUGUUCCUUUCAUGCAGGUGCUGUUGAUGUUGACCACUGACCUUGAGCCAGAGGAAGACCGGGACAGAGCCGCACUGGAUCUCUUCCUAACAACAAUCAUUCAGAAACUGGACCUGAGUGGACAGGAUCUCCAACAGAUUUCUAAUCGCAGUGAUCACUUUGAGGUCAAAUUGAUUUUAUUGAGAUUGAUUAGUGUCCUCUUGUCAAGGUCAAGGUCAGGAUCCAAGUACUCUAGUGAGUCCUCUUUUGUGAGCUACAAAACUGCCAAUGCUCUCCUUCAAUCUGGAACAAUCAACUAUUGUCUUCAAGUUUUGAUCAACUUGUUGCCUUACUGGAAGGACUUCAAUCUGGAAGAUGUCCGUGUGGUUGACCCUGGGACUUCAGCGGAUGAUCCAGCGAAUCUGCCUGGCCAGCUAUUGAAACCUUACCCUUCACAUCCUCCUCCUGACAUGUCCCCCUUCUUCUUAAGACAGUAUGUCAAAGGUCAUGCUUCAGAUGUAUUCCAGGACUACCCUCAGCUGUUGACUGAGAUGGUGUUGAGACUUCCAUAUCAGUUGAAGAAGAUAUCAGAUGAUCAGAAAAUUCAAGGAGCAGUGUUUGAUACCAAAUGGAAGGAACUUCUUUCUGAGUACAUGUUGACCCAACAAACUCCAUUUGUAAAGAGACAAGUUAGGAAGUUGCUGCUGUUUAUCUGUGGCUCGAAAGAGAAAUACAGACAGCUGAGAGAUGACUACACCAUUCAGUCCAACCUUCUACAGAUGACCCAGACAUGCAAUAAGAGUGGACUGGACACAGGGGCUGACUUGGCUCCACACAGCAUCAUUCUACCCUAUGAUACACUCUUGACUAUGAUUGAACAUUUGAAGAUUCUGUGUGACAUAGCAACCUCUCGACCUUACAACUGGCAGAUGUACUGUAAACUGAAACAAGAUACUCUCCCUUAUUUGAUUCAAGCAAGCAUACUUCUGGAUGAAGGUGUGGCUCCAACUCUUCUGCAACUAUUGCAGUGUGCACUUUGUGGGGUCAAAGGUCAUGGCCACACAGCUGGCUCAAACAGUUCCUCCACAUCACCGAUCAAAGUGAAAAGCAAAAAAGAAAAGGAGACUGUCAAAAUCAAAACAGAUGAGCUUGACAGUGCCGGCAAAAAAACUGAGGGUGAAGAGACCAGACCAUUUGAUGAGAAUCUGUGCCGGGAACUGGUCAGGCAGCUGACUGCUACCCUGGAUAAGAAUCUGUUCAUCAAGUUUGUCAGAACAUACUUGCUGGAUUCAAACUCAAGCAGCAACAGAUGGAUGGCACAUGGCCUUGUCCUACAAAUAUAUAGAAACUCCAAUGAAGAGGAACAACAGAAUGUCUUGGAUCUACUCUGGGGAUUGUGGCAUGAGGUGCCUGUGUUUGGAAGAAAAGCUGCCCAGUUUGUAGACCUACUUGGAUAUUUCCUGUUGAAGACACCAAGCCUACCUGAUAAAAAGGUGACUGAAUACCUGAACAAAGCAGUGACUCUAUUGAAAGAAGAGAACCAACUGUUGGCCAAUCAUCCCAAUGCUACCAUUUACAAUAUGUUGCAAGGGCUUGUGGACUUUGAUGGCUACUAUCUUGAGAGUGACCCAUGUCUUGUGUGCAACAAUCCUGAAGUCCCAUUCCAGACUUUGAAGCUUUCUGCUGUUAAAGUUGAUUCAAAGUUCACCACUACCACCCAGAUAGUCAAACUUGUCGGCAGCCAUAUCAUCUCUAAGAUAUCCUUACGAAUCAGUGAUCUUAAAAGAACUAAAAUGGUGCAGACAAUGAACAUCUAUUACAACAACAGAUCAGUUCAAGCUGUGGUAGAGUUGCGGAACAGACCAGGACUUUGGCACAAAGCCAGGAAAGUCAGACUAACCUCGGGCCAAACUGAAGUAAAGAUUGAGUUUCCCAUUCCUAUAGUAGCCUGUAAUCUGAUGGUAGAAUAUGCAGAUUUCUAUGACAAUCUUCAAGCCACGGCUGAGACUUUGCAGUGUCCACGCUGUAGUGCCAGUGUCCCAGCAUCACCAGGCGUCUGUGGAAACUGUGGAGAGAAUGUUUAUCAGUGUCACAAGUGCAGGUCAAUCAAUUAUGAUGAGAAAGAUCCCUUCCUGUGUAACUCCUGUGGCUUCUGUAAGUAUGCCAAGUUUGACCUGACACUGACAGCCAAACCUUGCUGUGCUGUGGACCCCAUAGAGAAUGAAGAGGACAGAAAGAAGGCUAUUACAAGCAUCAACUCCUUAUUAGAGAAAGCUGAUCGCAUUUACAAACAGCUGCAACUACAUAGGCCAGUGCUGGAGAGUUUGUUGAUCCAAGUAGCGGAACAUGGCUCAGACAGACCACCAACAAUUGGGGCCAAGGAAGUGAAUGGAGCUACAGGAGCUGUACCUGUAAACAAUGUCAACAAAUCUAUUCAGCUAUUGGCACAGAAAUAUUGUGGGGAAUGCAAAGCUGCUUUUGAUGAACUGAGUAAAAUUAUUCAGAAAGUGAUGGCCUGUCGUAGAGAGCUGGUAGAGUAUGACCAGCAACAGAGAGAAGCUGUAGCUGCAAGAGGUCAGGUGCCCAUUCCAACUGGGGCCAAGGCAAAGAUUGGGCUUUCUGAAACCAAAUGUUUAAAGUCCUCCAUCAGCAAAGAGAAAAAAGAAUGCCUAAAGACUGGCAACUGUUUUGGUUGUGCCAGUGCUGCUGUAGAACACUGUAUCACUUUACUCAGAGCUUUGGUUACCAAUGCUGACAUGAGGCAAAUUCUGUGCAGUCAGGGUAUGAUCAAACAGCUGAUUGAUUACAACCUUAGACUUGGCUCUCUCUCUGUACGUACUGAGGUGCGCACAUUGCUGUGUCUUUUAACUCGGGACAAUCGAAAGGGCACAGAAGAGAUGAACAACCUUGUCAUGACUAGAAUUACUUCGGCCAUCAAAGGGCAUCAGUCCAACCCAGACUUGGGUUCCUCUGUAAGGCAUGAGAUCAUGUUGUUAGCUACUUCCCUCCACCAGGAUGACUCGUGCUGGGAACAAAGGACUCGAUGUGUCAUGCGCCUGUUCUUAAUGGGGAUACGAAUGGUGAACCCGGUCAUCAUGGAGUCCAUCACACUGCCAUGUCUCCGGAUACUCCAAGGAUUGGUCAAACAGGAUCUGGUCAGUUUUAUCAAUGGAAAGAGAAAGGAAGCAGAAAAGAACACGUCUGCUGAUUCCAUGCCUGCCAAAUUCCACAUGGAUGUGAAGAAAUGGCUGGCUGGUGAUCCCAGAUACUCCUACCAGAACUGGAAGCGUCGUUUACCAAAACCAGCUUUCUUCACUGAGCUGCUCUCAGAACCCAAGAAACUGCCCUACAAGCCUGAGACAGAAAAAAAACACAACUCCAGGGCAGAGUAUCUGAUGGAGAAGUAUGUGGCCAAGUGGAAGCAGAACAUGUGGAGAGUCCCAGCAGUCACCUUGAAGCUGACCCAGACAACAUGGCUGCAGCAAGCAAUGUUUUCUCCAAGUUCAAGGUCAGCCAGACAGACAGCCUGUAGUGUGAUAGAAGCUAUAUCUCAAAUAUUUAGCAGACGUAAGGAAGUUAUUGACAUGCUCACAAGCUGCCUAGAUGAUGUGGGACGUAGCGGUGAAUGUGCCACUGAGUUUUUGGCUUUGUACAAGAGGCUGAUCAAUCAGGACAAGUGGAAGUAUUACCUGGCCAUUAAGGGAGUCAUGCUUCACCUAGCUGAGCUUAUUUCAAAGGAAGUUGAUCAUCUGCAGUAUCUGGAGGAGACAACUCUCAGUUCUGAUUUAGCUCAAGGUUUUGCAUUGAAAUCAUUAACUGAGUUGCUGGCCAUGUUUAUAGAACAAGAAAAAUUGAAACAGCAGUACAAGAACCGACUAGUGGGCUGUGUGCUGAAUGGCUAUCUAUCUCUAAGAAAGUUGGUGGUCCAGAGGACCAAACUCAUAGAUGACACACAGGAGAAACUUUUACACAUGCUUGAGGAGCUUACGUCUGGCACUGAGUCUGAAACCAAAGAGUUUAUGUCAGUAUGUGUGCAGACUGUCAGGAAGUAUCCAUUGGAUGACUAUAGAUCUCCUGUUUUUAUAUUUGAACGACUCUGUAGUAUCAUCUAUCCUGAAGAAAAUGAUGUGACAGAGUUUUUCUUGAUCUUAGAGAAAGAUCCUCAGCAGGAAGAUUUCCUUCAAGGCAGAAUGUUGGGCAAUCCUUACAGCUCAUCGGAGCCUGGCAUGGGACCGUUGAUGAGAGAUAUCAAAAAUAAAAUCUGUACAGAUUGUGAGCUUGUUGCUCUGUUGGACGAUGAUACUGGAAUGGAGCUUCUAGUCAACAAAAAGAUCAUCAGUUUGGAUCUAGCUGUGAAAGAUGUUUACAAAAAGAUUUGGCUACCAGAUCAUGGGGAGGGUGAACCAAUGCCUGUAUUAUAUCGUAUGAGAGGUCUACUGGGAGAUGCCACUGAAGAUAUGAUCAAUUCUUUAGACUCAGGUUCAGAAGAUGAUAUAGACAAAGAAGAUGUGUACAGGAUGGCCAAUGUCCUGAAGGAAUGCGGUGGCCUAGAGAUUAUGCUGGAGAGGCUGGCCUCUAUCAAAGAUCUCGUCCUUGGCAAGCAGCUCAUGGUGGUUCUUCUAAAGCUGUUUUCAUAUGCUGUAAAUGUCAAGGUCAACAGACAACAUCUGACGACCCCUGAGCUGAACUGCAUCAACAUUAUGCUUGUAGCUCUGAAUCUGGCUUUAUGGUCAGAACAAGAAGGUGCCACAAGUACCAAGGGGCAGACAAUCACUGAGCAGAUGUUACACAUAAUGGAAGUUGUCCUCCUUGAGGCCAGUGAACAGCCACCAGAGAAGUACACUGAAUUCUCCAAACAGUGUGGUGACAAAGAACAACUCCUGAUGAUGCUGGACAGAAUUAACUCCCCUUUUGUCAGGUCUAAUCCAACAGUGCUACAAGCCUUGAUGAGGUUGAUUCCAUUUUUAGCCUUUGGGGAGGAUGACAAGAUGGAAGCUCUGCUGUCCCACUUCAAACCGUAUCUUCAGUUUGAUAAGUUUGAUGAGGAACAUAGUCAAGAUGAAGAAAUUCAUUUAGAUUGUUUCUGUUCCAUUGCCAGUGCCAUAGAGAGCAAUGCUAAUGGUAUGCGUUUGAAGAAUCUUAUUUUAGAGAAUGGUAUUGUCCAGACAGCAGUUGGGUACAUUUUAAAACAUGCUCCUGAGAUCAAGACUAUGUUGGCAACUGACUCGGAUGUGUGGAAAGAGUUUUUGUCAAAGCCAAGUCUGUCCUAUGUUCUGAGGAUGUUGACUGGACUGUGUACCAAACAUGUUCCUACACAGACUGUGAUCUCCGAGUCUUGUAUUCCAAUACUACACAAACUGGAACAAGUCUCCUCUGAUCAACAUGUUGGUACUCUGGCAGAGAACUUGUUGGAUGCUCUCAAGUCGAAUGAACAGGCUGCUAAGAAGAUUGAAGAUGUUCGUCAACAAACAAAGACAGAGAAGAAACGUUUAGCAAUGGCUGUCAGAAAGAAACAACUUGGUGCACUAGGCAUGACUACCAACGAGAAAGGUCAGGUGACAGUGAAGUCAUCAGUGCUGAAACAAAUGGAGGACCUGAAAGAGGAGACAGGUCUGACCUGUUGUAUCUGUAGAGAAGGUUAUAGAUACCAGCCACAGAAGGUACUGGCCAUCUACACCUUUUCUAGACGCAGCAAUAUGGAGGACUAUGAGAGCAAGGCCAGGAAAUCUGUGGGCUACUCCACAGUCACUCAUUUUAAUGUCAUUCAUGUGGACUGUCACACAGCUGCGGUCAGACAUGCCAGAGGGAGAGAAGAAUGGGAGAGUGCUGCUCUACAAAAUGCCAAUACCAGAUGUAAUGGUUUGCUGCCACUAUGGGGACCUCAGGUACAGGAAAGUGCAUUCGCUAGUUGUCUAGCCAGGCACAACAACUACCUCCAGGAGUGUACAGGAAUCAGAGACUUGAAUUACAGCUACAACAUUCAUGAUUUGAAGCUGCUGCUGCUGAGGUUUGCCCAGGAAAAGUCUUUCAGUGAGGACAGUGGUGGUGGAGGACCUCAGUCCAACAUGUACCUUGUACCCUUCAUCAUGCACAAUGUCCUGUAUGCUAUCAACACAACAAGAGCCUCCAGUAGAGAAGAGAAAAAUUUGACCAGCUUCCUAGAAAUGCCUGCACAAAAAUGGGUGGAAAAUUCUGGAGAGGCGGAAGGUGUUCUCUACAGCACAGCUCUCUCCAUGCACAUCCUGGCACCAACUAAAUGGAAGGAAAUCAGGAAGAAAAUUUUGGAAAGGAUCCUGAUAACUGGUCACAUUAGGGCCCUGUGUCCAUUAGAUGCCCAGCAGAACAUCCCGCCACUGACUGACAGAACUGUCCAAGCUUAUUCCACAUACAAAGUGCUGCUCAUCUACUUUGGUCUGGCCAAUGCAUUCUUUGACAAAGUUUUUGUGAAAGUACAGCAGGGAGAGAAUGUGUUGUGGACCAAAGCUUUGUUUGAGUUUAUCAGGCACAAUGACAAGCAGAUUUUGGAUCUUUGUGACCAGGUCCUAAGGGUCUACCAGGAGGAAUUGUUGACCUGUGAGUCAUUGGCAGAGUUUAUUGAUGUCAUUGGUAUGUUGGAUGAGAUAAACGAUCCUCCAGAAUUUAUAAAAACCUGCCUGCAGAGUAUACCUUAGAGGAAAAAAAGACAGAAACCCCCCUUUUUAAAAAUUUUUUUAUUAUAAUUAUUUGCAUUUUGACGUUUGAUAUUAUGUUGGAUUAAUUUUAUAGUAUUUUAUAAUUUGAAAGAUACAGUCUGAAAAAUCUAUUUUGACAGGAUGUUAGUUCUGAAAUAUAGUCUUACUAAGACAGUUAUCUUCUUGCUUGCUAUACAUUUCUUAAGUUAAAGUUAUUAAGACUAAGUGAUUUUUAUAUUAACAAGUCAGUCAUUAUUUACUGUUGUACACAUUUUUACUUAUCAGCUUUUUUUUUUUUAUAUUAAAUUAAAUUUCAAUAAUUGUCAAUGUAUUUAUAACUGAUAAAUGAAAGAAAUGUCAAGAUUUGAGCGACAAGACAGACGACGUAAAAUUUGAUCCAUGCUACUAGGCAUCAUGAUUACCUGUAGUAAAAGGACUGUUAGAUAUGUAACCAUGGAGAUACAUUCCGGGACAUUACACUGGCUGUAUGUUUUUGUCUUCAUGUCUGUCAGGAGGUCAUGUUGACACCAAGACAUAAGUUUUCUACUUGGUUUCAUAACAUCCAUUUCAUUGUUUUUUUGCUCUUUUGACUAGAAGUUUUUGGGCGCUUGCAAAGUCUUUUGAAUCACUCACUGCACUCAUUUUCUAAGCUUUGUGAAGAUCCAAUCAAGAAACCGAAGCUUCUGGUGGCUAUCUCUAGGCUUGAUUAGAUGCCUACUUGUGUACAGGUUGCUUGUCUCCACUUUGUCACACGAUCGCCAUAUUUUUAUUUAGAACCUUGAUUCCAUAAAGUGACUGCUCAAUUAUCCAAAAUAAAAUUGUCUAUUGAUGUACCACAGUUGUCUCUGAGGAUAGCAAGAGCAGGUAAUAAUCAGCCAUCUUGUAGCUGAGAGUUAUAGGCCCUUACAACCAAUUAAGACUUGAAGACGGUAAUGUAAACACAAUUUGCUAUAACUAUAAAUGAUGACAUAUUGCACAGAAUUAUUAUUACACUCAUUGAAUGUGUCAGUCAAUGUUAGACACCAAUCUGUGUUAUACUUUUGUUUCUCUUCAUAUUUUGUAUCUAUUAUGUUGCUUCUAGUUUGUUUUUAAAAGUUGUGCAUUCAAUAUUAAAAUACUUGAAGCCAA